CGGAACAGCUUGAGUUGUUUACAUCCGGCUAGAAAGAGCUUGAAGAAAAAAGCUAACUUGCUCGAGCUACAAUUUCGUAAACUAUUCGAGUUCUUCACCAUCAAAAUGUCCAAACUAGAGGUGUUCAGGGAUUUUAUCACUGAGCGAUUAACAACGGCAGUUUUUGAGAUAUUUAGGGCAGCUGAAAAUGCGUUUGCCGAGUUUGAAGAGGAGAUUUCUCGUUCGAAGGAGGAGAGCGCGCGACUGCAACGGCUGUUGGACAUUGUCAUUCAACCUGAAAUCAAGAUUCACCGAGCAGAUGUGCAGCAGCUCUCUCUCCCGGAGACCCCACAGAUUAAAGAGGAACAGGAGCUGUGGACCAGUCAGGAGGAAGAGCAGCUCCAAGGACUGCAGUCUGAAACUACAGACUCCAUGUUCACUUCUCCCAGUGUGAAACAGGACUGGGAUCAAGAAGGCUUUUCUGAAUGUUCACAUCUUGACCAGACUGUGGAGAACAGAGAAGGAGACUCUCUACCCAGCAACACAACUGAGGAGCAAAUCAAAGCAGAGACUGAUGGAAAAGACUAUGCAGCAUCAGACCCAGGCAGUGACUCUCAGCCCCUCUCUGUUGUAGCUCCAGACUGUCCUACAGCUCAGAGUUUGGAGGAGGAGGAACAUGGAGGAGUGCUGCUGUUUCGGAACAGAACACAAAACAUUGAGGCUCAGCCAAGGGAAAAUAUCCCACAGAGACGUCACACAGGAAACAAAAUACAUCAGUGUCAACAAUGUAACAAAACCUUUAGUAAAAAAAGUAAGCUGGUUAUUCAUAUGAGGUCACACACAGGAGAGAAACCAUAUCAGUGUCAGCAAUGUAACAACACUUUCAGACAGAAAAGUAAUCUGGUUACUCAUAUGAGGAUACACACAGGAGAGAAACCGUAUCAAUGUCAGGAAUGUAACAAACGUUUUUCUCAGAAAGGUCAUCUGGUUAUUCAUAUGAGGACACACACAGGAGAGAAACCAUAUAAAUGUCAGGAAUGUAGCAAACUCUUUGCUCAUAGUGGUUCUCUGGAAAAACACAUGAGGACACACACAGGAGAGAAACCUUUUCAAUGUCAGGAAUGUAGCAAAAGAUUUAGCGUGACGCCUCAUUUGGUUGAACACAUGAGGACACACACAGGAGAGAAACCAUAUAAAUGUCAGGAAUGUAGCAAACUCUUUUCUCAUAGUGCUUCUCUGGAAAAACACAUAAGGACACACACAGGAGAGAAACCUUUUCAAUGUCAGGAAUGUAGCAAACUCUUUGCUCAAAGUGGUUCUCUGGAAAAACACAUAAGGACACACACAGGAGAGAAACCUUUUCAAUGUCAGGAAUGUAGCAAAAGAUUUAGCGUGAAGUCUAAUUUGGUUGGACACAUGAGGACACACACAGGAGAGAAACCAUAUAAAUGUCAGGAAUGUAGUAAACUCUUUGCUCAAAGUGGUUCUCUGGAAAAACACGUAAGAACACACACAGGAGAGAAACCUUUUCAAUGUCAGGAAUGUAGCAAAAGAUUUAGCAUCAAGUCUAAUUUGGUUGGACACAUGAGGACACACACAGGAGAAAAACCAUAUCAAUGUCAGGAAUGUAGCAAACUCUUUUCUCGAAGUGGUUAUCUGUAUAAUCACAUGAAGACUCACAGGUGAAAAACCGUAUCACUGUCAACAAUGUAAUAGAUAUUUUGCUGUGAGGCUGAGUCCUAUACUAGGAAGUAAGUUCAAUAUACCUGGUAUAUAUUGUAUUUAGCUGAUUUCACUAAGCUUAAAAACAGGGAAAUAUAACAUUAAACAAAUAUAACAUAACAAUGUUACAAUAUAAUCACGGCUAUUAGCAACACCAUUGCUGUUGUGAAAAGCAGGAAGGAAAGCUGUCUAAAAGUUAACAUGACGACCCACACUGGAGAGAAGCCCUACAGCUGUGACCUCUGUGAUCGAACCUUUAGCCGGCUGGCAAUUUCAGAGCUCACUGCAGGACCCACACAGGAGGGAAACCCUACAGCUGCUCACACUGUGACUAUGUGAAACAAAUAGCCAAUUAAACAUUCACCUGCGUAUCCACAAUAGAGAAACUUCAAAGCAGUGAUGUCUGGGGCCAAGCUGUCCCAGCAGUCACCACCUGAGAUAACUUCUAUAUGACCCACGGCUGGAAGAACUACUGGCCUACACCUACUGGGACAGCACAUGCAUUAACACCAGCUCUACAGUCCAACAUGACAGGACACAGGAAAGAUACUUUACACCUGUAGUGAUGUAGGAAAGCUGUGUCAUACUGCGUAUACUGUUAGUAAAACAAUGACUGACACUUUCACAUUUUUAAACUACAUGGAUUUGUUUGGUUAAAAGUGGCUGGUAAUGUAAGUAUAGGAGCUCUUGAAGGACAUAUAUGUUGUUCUAAACACACCUUGAACAUGUAUUAGCAUUUCCAGGGACACCAGACUUGGUGGUUCUGAUGCAGAGUGUUACUGUGUCUCUCACCAAGUGAUCGCUUGCUUUGGUUUUCAGACUGUACUGAAUAUAUUUCAGAUGACACUGACUUCUGAAUAUGUUCAAUCUGUCUAUAUUGACUUGGAU